AUGUGGGACAAAAUACCUAAACAUCAUCCAAAGGACUUCAAUGUUUUUCCGGAGUCGACCUUCUACCUGUUAUUGAAUACCAAACAAGAUUUCCAAGAGUCUCGUCAUCCUCGUGUGCAUACCGAUGAAAGUGAAGAGGAGAAUACCUUAUAUACCGAUUGGAGCGCUAGCAGGGAACUGGAUACAUAUAGGUACUUUAUUUCGGAGUCACUCGGCUACUAUGAUUUGAAGCCUGACAAUGUGACUAUAAAUUAUAAGCAAGAUAGACAGGGCCAACCCUUGCUAGAGAGGGGCGCCUUGAAGCUCAGACGAGCCAGGGGGUUCGGUAAGGCAUCCGACGUGCUUUACUACGGCCUUAUGAGCCUCUUCGUAAAAUGGCUACGUCCAGACUCUGCGCAAUUGCAAAAGAAUAGAGUCGACCCCGAACUGGAGAUGAUGAGCCGAUUGAUAUCUUCGGCUAUGCCGACAGAGCUAGUGACGCAUAUCCAGGAUGAGGACUGGGGUAAUGUCAUGAUGACCAUGUCAGAAGUAACAAUGUUUACAGAAGGGCAGAAAGAUUACCCAAACCUUGACACCAAGGCCCAAACAGGUCUUACCCAAUACUGCAUCUGA